AACAACUAGAUGACGAAACCAAAUGAGAUGCCACAUGUAUGGUGUCAUGCAUUUCUUUUUGUUGCUGGUUCAUCUUAUUCAACAAAUGCACAUAUCAAGAUUCUAACAAGGAGAUAGAAUAGAAUAACUGUCAUCUUCAACAAUGCAUUUUUAUGAGAUAUGCCACACUUCCGUCAUCAGAGACAAACGACUGGAACUUCCAAAAGAAUUUACCGUCAAGUACGGGAAGAAGUUGUCUGACAACGCAAUUAUUAAGGUUCCCCAUGGUAUCUGGCAUAUAGGAUUGAGGAAGGAUGAAGGCGUAAUAUCUUUUGAGAAUGGGUGGCCAGAAUUUAUGGAGUUUUACUCGAUUUGUGUUGGACAUGUUAUGUUUUUCAGAUAUGAUGGGAAUUCAGAAUUUCAACUUCAUAUAUUUGGCAAGGAUGCAACUGAGAUAGAUUAUCCAUGUCAUAAUAACGACAAUGCCAAUCACAAAGAUGAAAUGACAUCAACUCAUUCGGAUGAUGAUGAAGUUGAAGUAGUUUCAAUACAUUCUGGCAGUACCCAAAGCAAUUAUGAACCUUCCAUGACAAGUGAAUCCUCUCUUAAUCAGAAUGCCAAACCUGCCGGACACAAAUUUCCCCAAGAAUCACGAAAACAAAGAACGGUUGUUCCUACAAGAUUAUUUCAUUCCAAGGCAUUCCAAGCAACACUUAAAGCAGCCGAUGAAUUUAGGUCUGAGAAUCCAUUCUACAAGCUCACUAUGCAAGCCUCGUAUAUAAAAGCAAACGUAAGGGUACCUAAUGAUUUUGCAGACUCAUAUUUGAGAAACAAAACACAGACAAAGAUCACUCUUGGAAUUCCGGAUGGGAGAACCUGGGAGGUUGAAUAUGUUUUACGAACACCAACUGAAAGAAGGCUAUCUCGGGGCUGGUAUAGAUUCGUUGCAGAUAAUCAUUUGAAGGAAGGCGAUGUCUGUGUCUUUGAACUGGUCGAUAGGGAAAAAAUCCAGAUGAAUGUUCACAUUUUCCGACUACAAAAAAGAUUCGUUACACCCGAAAUGAAAAAUUAUGCUGCGGGAUUCCAGGCAACGCUUGAAGCAGCCAAAGGAUUUACGUCUGAGAAUCCGUUCUUCAAGGUCGUUAUGCACACCGCAUAUAUAAAUGGAGGAAUGGUGACGGUACCUGCUGUUUUUGCAACCUCACAUUUGACGAACAUAAAACAGAUGAUGAUCACUCUUAGGGUGUCAGAUGGAAGAACUUGGGAGGUCGUAUAUGUUUCUCAAACACCAACUAAUGGAAGGAUAUCACAGGGCUGGGCUGAAUUUGUUGCAGAUAAUGAUUUGAAAGAAGGCGACGUAUGUGUCUUUGAACUAGUUGAUCGUAGGAAAAACUUCGAGAUGAAUGUUUACAUUUUCCGACUAAAAUAUAGUAUAGACUAG